CAUAUUCGAAUUGUACCUAGUAUCGAGAACCCUAGUCGAAGUCUAGUAUUUAAUAUUAUCGAAAGAGAUCUCGAAGCUGGACGGAUCAUCAAAAUUGGUCGAUUUACAGAUAGAUCUUCUAUUCAAAAUCAUAUAUCAUUCAAGAGCAAAGUCGUAUCGAGAUCUCAUUGUGAGAUAUGGUUGAAUCAAGAUGGAAAGAUUAUGCUUAGAGAUACAAAGUCUUCUUCAGGUACCUUUUUGAAUCAUGUCAGAUUAAGUCCGGCCAAUACAGAAAGUAGGUCUGUAGAAGUGAAAGAUGGCGACUUGGUCCAGUUAGGCAUAGAUUACCAGGGUGGUUAUGAAGAAAUAUACAGAUCUGUUAAAAUGCGAUUUGAAAUAAAUCGACCCUCUCAUCAUAAUCGGCCUGUAUCCUAUACAAUGUCAGCAUUUAAUAAUUUACGAAAUUUGACUAGUUUAUCAUUAACUAAUCAAAUAGUAGAAAUAGAGGAAUGUGUCAUUUGUUUAUAUGCUUUGGCUCCUUUCCAGGCACUCUUUGUGGCGCCCUGCUCUCAUUCUUUCCAUUUCAAAUGUAUACGACCUCUUUUUGACAGUUAUCCAGGGUUUCAAUGCCCUACUUGCCGUACUUACUCGGAUUUAGAUGCCAGCGUAGCUAUAGAGGCCGAAGAAGUCAUUGCAAAAUACGGACUG